AUGCCUGGUCUUACGUUCUCCAACGAGCUCAUCAGCCGUGAUGAGGGUAUGCACACCGAUUUUGCUUGCUUGCUCUUUAGCCAUCUCAAGCGUCGCCCGCAUCCUGAGACCGUCAAGCAUAUCAUUACCCAGGCUGUCACCAUUGAGCAGGAAUUCUUGACUGACGCUCUCCCUGUCGGCCUUAUUGGCAUGAAUGCCAAGCUCAUGUGCCAGUACAUCGAGUUCGUCGCAGACCGCUUGUUAGUGUCGUUAGGCAACGAUAAAGUGUACAACGCUACAAACCCAUUCGACUUCAUGGACAUGAUUUCGCUACAGGGGAAGACUAACUUCUUCGAAAAGCGUGUGUCGGACUAUUCAAAGGCGAACGUCAAUCACACAAAUGCUAAGACUGAUCAGGUGUCAAGUAAAACUUUGUGA